GAACACGACGCCAUAUUGUAAUGUCAGGUUAGGUGAAGGUGGUGAAAGCACUUGCCUUUUAUUUACUAAAGUUGUUAAAAUAAACGUUUAUAAUAUAUUGUGAAUUGCUAAAAAAAUUAAGGCGCAGGGUGCACCGUUGCAUCCGCUAAACCAUGAGUUAUCAGAUACCAUCGUCACAGAGCAGAACAAUGUCUCACAGUAAUUAUGGUGGUUCUGAUGUGCCAAUGGCUCCCAGCAAGGAACAGCAAACUCUCAUGUGGCAGCAGAAUUCAUAUUUGGUGGAUUCUGGCAUCAACUCUGGAGCAGCUACUCAGGUGCCAUCACUUACUGGCAAAGAAGAUGAUGAAAUGGAAGGUGAUCAACUCAUGUUUGAUCUGGACCAAGGCUUUGCUCAAGGGUUCACUCAAGAGCAGGUUGAUGACAUGAACCAGCAGCUGUCGCAGACUCGUUCACAACGUGUUCGUGCUGCUAUGUUUCCUGAAACUCUUGAAGAAGGUAUUGAGAUACCAUCGACCCAACUGGAUCCUGCUCAACCAACUGCAGUCCAGCGAUUGUCUGAACCGUCUCAGAUGUUGAAACAUGCUGUUGUCAACCUCAUUAACUAUCAAGAUGAUGCAGAUUUGGCUACCAGGGCCAUCCCAGAAUUAAUAAAACUCUUGAAUGAUGAAGAUCAAGUUGUAGUAUCUCAAGCUGCAAUGAUGGUACACCAGUUGUCAAAGAAAGAGGCAUCUCGCCAUGCUAUUAUGAACUCACCACAAAUGGUUGCCGCUUUAGUUAGAGCAAUCUCUAAUAGCAAUGAUCUAGAAACUACUAAGGGUGCUGUUGGAACCUUGCACAACUUGUCUCACCAUAGACAAGGUUUACUUGCCAUUUUCAAGAGUGGAGGAAUUCCUGCUUUGGUAAAACUUCUAAGCUCUCCAGUGGAGUCGGUGCUGUUUUAUGCCAUCACCACCCUCCAUAAUCUACUUUUACAUCAAGAUGGAUCUAAGAUGGCAGUACGUCUUGCUGGGGGCCUUCAAAAGAUGGUAGCAUUAUUGCAAAGAAAUAAUGUGAAAUUCCUAGCAAUUGUCACAGAUUGUCUGCAGAUUCUGGCUUAUGGAAAUCAAGAAUCUAAGCUAAUUAUUCUUGCCUCUCAAGGACCUAUCGAAUUAGUACGCAUUAUGCGUUCAUAUGACUAUGAGAAGUUGCUGUGGACUACGUCAAGAGUUCUUAAGGUUCUGUCAGUGUGCUCAAGCAACAAGCCAGCAAUUGUGGAAGCUGGUGGCAUGCAAGCUCUUGCCAUGCAUCUGGGUAAUCCCAGUGGCCGUUUAGUACAAAACUGCCUUUGGACUUUGAGGAAUCUUUCCGAUGCUGCUACUAAGGUCGAAGGAUUGGAAGCUCUCCUUCAGAGCUUGGUGCAAGUACUUGCUUCAACUGAUGUUAACAUAGUUACUUGUGCUGCUGGCAUACUCUCGAACUUGACUUGUAACAAUCAAAGGAAUAAGGUGACAGUUUGCCAGGCUGGCGGUGUAGAUGCGCUUGUACGCACGGUAGUAUCUGCUGGGGACAGAGAGGAAAUAACCGAACCAGCUGUUUGCGCUCUCCGACACCUCACAUCGCGUCACGUGGAGAGUGAGAUGGCUCAAAAUGCAGUUAGACUUCACUAUGGACUGCCGGUGAUAGUGAAGCUGCUGCAGCCGCCUUCGCGCUGGCCGCUGGUGAAGGCCGUGGUGGGGCUGGUGCGCAACCUGGCGCUGUGCCCCGCCAACCACGCGCCGCUGCGCGAGCAUGGCGCCGUGCAUCACCUCGUGCGCCUGCUGCUGCGCGCCUUCAACGACACGCAGCGGCAGCGCGGCGGCGCGGCGGGCGGCGGCGCGGGCGGCGCGUACGCGGACGGCGUGCGCAUGGAGGAGAUCGUGGAGGGCGCGGUGGGCGCGCUGCACAUCCUGGCGCGCGAGGGCCUCAACCGCACGCUCAUCCGCCAGCAGAACGUCAUCCCCAUCUUCGUGCAGCUGCUCUUCAACGAGAUCGAGAACAUACAGCGUGUAGCAGCUGGAGUCCUCUGUGAACUGGCUGCAGACAAAGAAGGCGCUGAAAUGAUAGAAGCUGAAGGCGCUACGGCGCCACUAACCGAAUUACUUCAUUCGCGUAACGAAGGUGUAGCGACAUACGCUGCCGCGGUACUGUUCCGCAUGUCUGAAGAUAAGCCUCAUGACUACAAGAAGAGACUCUCUAUGGAGUUAACUAAUUCCUUGUUCCGUGACGACCAUCAGAUGUGGCCCAAUGAUCUCACCAUGCAACCCGAUUUGCAAGAUAUGCUCGGGCCCGAGCAAGGCUAUGAGGGCCUGUACGGGACGCGGCCCUCCUUCCACCAGCAAGGCUACGAUCAAAUACCGAUAGACUCAAUGCAGGGCCUCGAGAUAGGUAGCGGGUUCGGCAUGGACAUGGACAUCGGCGAGGCGGACGGCGCCGGCGCCGCCUCCGACAUCGCCUUCCCCGAGCCGCCGCACGACAACAACAACGUGGCCGCCUGGUACGACACCGACCUGUAGGCGCCUCCGCACCGUAGGGAUAGAGACACGCUGUUGACCCGAAUGUGGACUUGUAAUGACACACUUAGCUUUACGACUUGCUUGAAAUUGUAUAUCUCUUCUAACGCUACACUGGUGAGGUUCAGUUACACUGGCUCACUUACUCUUCCGGCCUGAAGAGUACGUGAGCCAUGUUACUGAAGGCCCGAGGAACGUAAUAUCUUAGUUCCCGAGUUUGAUAGUAAUGCUAUCGAGCAGCACUAAAAGCUAAUUAGAUCUUACUCAAUCCCAAAGACGGAUCCGAGUUCAUAUCAAUCUAAUGUUCACUUGAUAUAGUAUGUCUCUAUCUUUUACCGAAAUUGUUUGUUAAACAUUUUUUUUUAUGACACAUCAUGUACAAUCAUUGUUACAAAUAAGUUUAAGAUCUUAAUGCAUUAACAUCAUACAGUUAUCCAAAAAGGUUUCGUCAAUGAAACAUAAUAUAAACAAUUUAAUUCUGUGAUAAAUUAGAUUCGGACAUAUCAAUAAAGGCAGCUUUCACGGACGUAUGAAUUUAAUUUCAUGUUUUAGAUAAUAUUUGAAUGGAAUAUUACACGUUAAAAUGUCAAAAAUUACAUGGGUGCUAUGUUUGAGAUAUACAAAUGAGACGUGUUUAUUCGCAACGCAUACAAAUUAUAAUGUCGCCCUGCAUUGGUUAUAUCGAAUUUUGUACGCGAACGUAUGAAAUGCGUGUAAUCGGAAAAUAGGGUAUACUUUAAUAUUUAAGAUAUAAAUAGGCUUUAAAAAUAAUAUUUUCUAGCGUUAUUAAGUAAUUUGAUUUAUCUAAUACGUGCAUUUAAGAAAUUUGUAGUGCGAUUUAUACUUGUUAUAAUAUUAUUGGCUGAAUGACAUUUUUUUUUAUUUUAUUUAAAUGACGCAUAAGACUGUUUGAUUGUGUAAGGGUUGUAUUUUAUAUUCACGCUUGACUGCCAUUUUGUUUUUAUUUCGACAUAACUUGAAUACGUGUACACUUAAACAGUUUAUAAGUGGCAUAUCGCUUCAGAAAUACCGUAAGUCCACCUUGAGUUACCGUAGGCAUUAAUAUUUUAUUCGACAAUUUAUAUUACCUUAUACAAUAUUUCAUGGAAACUAAAAUUAAAAAAAAAAUACUAAAAAAACAAAGGAAAUAAUUGUUUGAGUGUACGCAUAUU